AGCAGUGGUGUCGGCAGUCUUCCAGCUACGGCCUACCUCUCAAUUAUGAUCUCUUUUAUACCUAGCCUUCGUGCAAAAGAGAAAAAAAAUUAGACAGUAGCCCUGUAUUAAUAAAGAAAACUUCCUGACCAUUUUCUAAGUUUCGAAGUUUUUACUCAUGACAAUAUAAAUAUAUCAGUGGCCAUUAGUGAUCAUUAUACGUAAAUCGCCGGUUCAGUUUUUCCUUUAUAUUCAACGUUUAUGAGAGUGAGAGAGAGAGAGAGAGGGGAAAUAGGUCAUGCCUCAAGGCAGACAUUACAAAUGAUGUUCGUAAAACCUCGAGGAACCUCAUCAAUGGUUUCAAACAGAAAUCUUUUUUCCUAAAUAAAACCCACCCAAUUCUACUUUCCUUUCAAAAACUUCCUUCAGGUACAAUGCUCUAUACAUUACGCACAUUUGAUUUCUGAUAUUAGUCACUCUUCUGACAGCAAGAUAGAUCAGAUGUUGGAUCCAGUAAACGACAUGAUGCCUCCACCCUCAUCUCCCUCCAUCUCCUCCGUUUCUUCCUCCGAUCUUGACACCGAGUCUACAGGGUCUUUUUUUCAUGAUAGAAGCACAACUCUGGGGACUCUGAUGGGCGUCAGCUUCCCUUCCAUUGCCUUCAGAGCUCCAUCUCAGCACAGGGACCCCCACGCGUCCGCGUCGGUGUCCGUUUCCACCGUGUCCCGGAAGACCAAGAAGGCCUGGAAGAACAAGAGCAAUGCACAGCCGCCUUUUGCGAUGGUGGAGCGUCGGCGGAAAUGGUGGCAGAUUUGCAGGGACGACGAGGCGGUGCCGGCCUCGCUUGGAGAGUUUCUCGAGGUGGAAAGGAGGUUCGGUGAUGGCGCGUUCUUCGGUGCCGCGGCGGAACUCGAAGGCGUGGAGGUGGUGCAGCAGCAUCAGAGGAACGGACACAUGUUGUUUGCCGACGGAAGGGUACUUCCACCGGCCGCGGCGGACGGUGAUGAUGGAUCAUCGACGGCUGGGGCUCUUUGUAGAUUCCCGGUUUCACUCACCGGGAUCUGUAGUGGCGGUGUAGGAUAAAAGUAUAAAACUUCCAUUUUUCUCUUUUAUGGAGGGAUUCUUAAUUGGAAUUAUUAACGAUUUAAUAUAAUCUUUUGUUCGUGCA